UAACAGACAAUAGAUGUGCUACACGGCGGUUAUGCUUUGAUUUGACAGAUGACAAGAAAAUUCUAGAAGUUUCUAGUUUUUUUUUAUUUCCAAAUUGGCGUUUUCCGUAUUUGUUUGGGAAGAUUAGAGUGGAAUUGUUUUCUUGGAUUUUCCUUUGAUCUAAAACGCAUUUGUCAAGAUGUCUCCUCCAUACAAACUUACUUAUUUUGAUAUCAUGGGCCUUGGUGAGCCCAUUCGUAUUAUGUUGACCUAUGGUCAGCUCGAAUUUGAAGACUGUAGAGUGCCAAAGGAAAACUGGCCAAAUCUAAAGCCAAAUAUGCCAUUUGGCCAGUUGCCAGUACUAGAGCACCACGGAAGGGUCUCCCAUCAAAGUAUGGCCAUCUGCCGCUAUUUGGCCAAAGAAGUAAAGCUGAUUGGCAAAGACAGCUUGGAAGAUUUGGAUAUUGAUGCUGCAGUUGAUACUGUCAAUGAUUUUAGGCAAAAGAUUGGCAAGUACCAUUAUGAAUCUGAUGAAACUGCCAAGGAAGCUUAUAUCAAAACAUUGUUUGGGGAGAUAGUGCCAUUUUACUUGGAAAAAUUGGAUAAUAUGGCCAAGGAAAAUGCAGGUUAUCUUGUUGGCAGCAAGUUGACUUGGGCUGACUUGGUUUUUGUUGGUCUAAUUGACUACAUGAACUUUAUGGCGAAGAAGGAUCUUUUGGCCAGUGCCCCUAAUCUACAAAAGGUGAAGGAGCAUGUGGUCAAUGAGCCAAAUAUCAAAAAGUAUAUGGAAACUCGUCCCAACAAGCAUUAAAAAGUAUUAUUUGGAUUUUUAAAUGUUCAAAAUAAUCACAUUUUAAAUGUUGUAUUAAAAAAACAUGACUAUUAACUGUAAAUGCGUUAAACGCAAAAAUCUUCUAUUUUUGAUGUUUUUUAAAA